AUGAGGAACCUGGUGUCAUUAAUCCUACUAGUAACAUUAUCCUGCACAUCAGCCUCCCCAAUCACAUCUCAGCAAUGCAGCCCUUACUAUGUUCGAUGGCCUCGAGUUCGGCUCAAUUUUAAGUCUGUGGCUAGCGCUCGUUUAUCCCUGAAGGCCUGUGAGGGUGCCUGCUCAUUAGGAGAAGAUCCCCAAUUGCCAGGGCGAGCAUUAGAAUGUGCGGCUCUAAAUCACCAUCCAGCACCAGAUGGAUUCGCACAUCAGUGUGAUGUCUUCCAACCGCAUCAGCUUCAAAAUGUUGACGGCUACGUGGAAGCAGAUGAUCGUUACUCUUUCUUCUGGAAGUACUGUCUUAACUCAACCCGAAAGUGUGGCGGUGAGUAUGCGUUCACAUAUCUCUCCGACCGAUAUAUGAACCGUCAGGAUGUGGUCCGAGUAACGAAAAAGAAGAGCCUCGAAGAUUGCUUAGUGGAAUGUCUCGAGGAGAAAUCACUCCCAUGUCGUUCGGUGUCGUUUAAUCGUACCGAUGGCGGAUGUCAUGUGUCAGGCGACAGUCAACUGACCAAACCACAAGCGAUUCGAUUGAAUAAUAACCCGAAUUUCCGCAUUGACUACUACGAAAAUAAUUGUUAUAAUUUAUCGGACACGUUCAAGUUUGAGCAAGAAUGUCGUGAGGAUGGAAUAUUUAUUCAGGUGAAGAGCAAGUUCCCCUAUACCGGCGCUCUCUAUGGUUUAUAUGACUUCUUCACUUGUCGUAUCGAACCCAAGGAGUCCACGGAAUUCGGCUAUUUGUUUGCAUCCCCCUCAAGCUCAAAGAACUGCAGUGACAGUAUUCGAUUCCAGGGAGAUGAAAUGAUACUAGACGUUGUGCUAUCCACGGAUGGAAUCGAGCCUCUUUACUUUAUCACCCCUGACGACUUAACCUACCAGGCUAAAUGCCCGAUUAUCAACAAAAAGAAGGUUGAAGGCGGCGGUAACAAGUUAGAGGAAGAAAAAGAAAUAAAGACAACCUCAUCUACCACAAGUACAUCAACAACCACUCAAACGACUACCGUAUCUACCACUACAGCUGAGACUAAAACCACAGAAAAGCCUACGACAACCACCUCGCUACCAUCCACCACGGCUACGACCCAGCCUGUCACUUCAACAACGACGGUAACUCAGACACCAGCGACGACAACCACAUCUAGCACAAGCUCUUCUACGACAACCACAACUGCCACAAGAGCUUCCUUGAACCGAUCGCCCAUCAUACAAACGGCUGCUCCACCAGCUCCUCCGCCAACAAAACCUGAGGAGCCCAAAAAGCCGGUGAAGGGUGCUAUCUCAUUUGACAUCUUCCAUAAUGGUCAACCUGUUGAAGCAGUUGUAGUAGGAACAAAAAUUACCCUGUCAUUUGCGCCCCUUUACGCUAUACCACCUGAGUAUAUGUCGGUUCGCGAGUGCCAAGUGGAGCCGAUUGACAGCAAAUACGAAUGGGAGCGAGAACCGCUGCCAAUCAUUCGAGAUGGAUGCCAAGCCGAUCUUGUAGGACUGGUUUGUCCACCAAAACAGUCAGAGUUUGGAGUGAAGGUCACAGUGGAAUCGUUCCGCUAUCAAAGUACUCCACAUGUGCAGUACUCCUGCUUGAUACGAGUUUGUCCGUUCGCCCCUUGCCCACUGGCAAACUGCCCAGCUGUCGAAGGCUGUCCAAGAGAUAAACGUUCCGCCCGGAGUUUGAGCUUGGAGGAGAUUCGACGUGCCUUAGAAGCUGAUCCAAAGCUGGCCAGUCAAAUAGGACUCUCUCCACAUGCGCUGGCCAGUAGACCUGGACACAGCGUCGAGAGUCAACUCAUGGCACUGGGUGGUGACCACACUGUUAAACGUCGCCUUGUCGUGGUAAAUUCGGAGGAUCAGCUCAGAUACUACGUCCGAACUGGUGAUGUGUCAUAGAGUAACCUACUGAUAUGAUUUCACCAUCUUCACUUGAUUAAAAAAAACCUCUAUUGGGUAUGUUGAACGUUUGAUCUGCGAUAUCUAUGGCCUCUUGUUUUGGUCGAAUUUUCUGAUGCUUAAUAAUGACAAUUCUUAUUGUAUGUACAUAUCCGAUUGUGCCACUUUGUUUUUUGAAUGAAUAUUUUCU